GUUUAAAAAAAAAAACAUCGUAAACUUCGAUGUUUCAUCACAAAUAUCGAUGCUGCCCCAGCUCCACAUCGGCGGCCAUUUUGGAUAAGGAAAACAACCGAAGUUUAGACCGCGCGUUUUUGUUUGUCAAUAUUCACUUGUUUGCUCCUCGAGAACACACAAAUAAUAAUGAACAGUGAUGAUAAUGCGUGCGCCUUUGAUGGCAACCAGCAAGCGAAAGAAGCGGUGUGCGAUCCCGUUUCAAUGAUCCAGGCGUAUUUGGAAGAGUUGCUGCGCCAAACGCACGCCGAGAAUACAUCUUUGGAAACCGAACUUAAUGAGCUGGAAGAAAAACAGAAGCGGAUAAUUGAUCAGAAGGCUGAAACCAUGUGCAGGAUGAGCCUUCCGAUCGUUGGGGAGAAUUCGAUACAGCUGAUGCCCAAUUUGGAGGAACUGACUGCGAAGGAGAAUAUUCUGAGCAGUCAACUGAGCGAUCUGGUGAAAGUAAAGCAACGAUUGGGCCUGGCCUAUGCUGAUCAUUGCCAAAAGGCCAUACAGGUCACCGAGGGACAGGGCGGUAAUGUGGCCUAUGAUGAGUUUACAUCGAUGAGCUCUGAAGAUCUAAAGAAGCUCAUUAAAGAGGAUUCUAUUAAACUGAGUGAAAUGAAAAGAAAGUCUGCGGAAUCGACCGACAUACUACGCUCCAAGCGCAAGGAGCAGGAUGCGAAUCAUAAGGCCGUGCUGGAGCAAAUCAGUAUACUCGAACUGGUCGCGCUCGAAGCCUUCGAACUUGCUAACGAAGUUAAAGUGGAUUUAAACCAUCGCAAUGACGGCCAUCCCUCCAAUUAGAUUAGUACGGAAUUCAUUCUGAAACUUUCAUACAUAUAACCAUUUUCUUAAACUAAUAAAACCCAUUUCCAUAACAU